GAGGAGCGCUGGAACCCCGAGUCUCCCCUGCUGGCACCGCGCGUGCUGCUCGCGCUAGUGUGCCGCAACUCGGAGCACUCUCUCCCGCAUGUCCUCGGUGCCAUCGACCGCCUUCACUACCCCAAGGACCGCAUCGCUGUAUGGUGAGAAGUCUGUUCUUUCAUUUUCUGGAUCAUUUCCUCAGCAGAACGGGAAGUGCAGCCAUGCGCGUGCCAGGGUGAUUUAAACACACCACAUUUUCUUUAAUUCUGUGGAUCUGCCCAUUUCAUCAUCAUAAAACAUCCUUAUUUUUACAAAGAGAUUAAAUCAGCAAGACUGUCAGGUGUAAAGUCUAAAGGAAGUAUUUAAUUAGGGGUGGGGUGGGGGGGUUGAGACGUGUCCAAAUCUUCUACAAUCAGCUUGUUCAUCGCUGCAGCUCUCUCUCUCUCUCUCUCUCUCUCUCUGUCUCUCUCUCCCCCCAUCGGUUGCUGUUCGGCAUUUCUCGGCUGUAUUCGGCUCCACUCGGCUUUUUUGGAGCGAAAGAGCCGGAUGGUGAAAUCAGCCCGAGAACAUUCAGGUGAAAAAAAAAAAAACGGUCCAUCUGAGGGUGCAGUCACUCAACCUAAAGACUUUCGUACCUUUUUGGUUUUUGGCAGACAUUCAUCUUCAUACCUCUGGUUCCUGCCCUGCAUCCCAUCAUCAUCAUCAUCAUCAUCAUCAUCAUCUCUAGAAGUUAAAAAAACAUGUUUUCAAUACAACCCACACAAAAGAGCAGGACGGGUGGCGACGGACCACAACACGGACAACACGGUUUUCAUCCUGCGUGAGUGGCUCAUUAAAGUGCAGAAUCUGUAUCACUAUGUGGAGUGGAGACCGCAGGAGGAGCCCAGCGAGUAUGAGGAUGAGGACGGACCGAAGCACUGGACCGAUCUACGCUAUGAGCAUGUGAUGAAGCUACGACAGGCAGCGCUGGACACCGCCAGGCAGAUGUGGGCAGACUACUUUCUGUUGGUGGACUGUGAUAAUCUUCUCACUAACCCUGACAUCCUCUGGAAGCUAAUAAAGGAAAAUAAAACCAUUGUGGCACCAAUGCUGAAGUCCAGAGCUGCCUACUCCAACUUCUGGUGCGGAAUGACCUCUCAGGGCUACUACAGGCGUACACCAGACUACAUGCCUAUAAGAAGUCAGGAGAAGCGUGGCUGCUUCCGCGUCCCCAUGGUUCACUCCACCUUCCUGCUGGAUCUUAGGAAACAGGCCUCCAGCCAGCUGGCCUUCUAUCCUCCACACCCUGACUACACCUGGGCCUUCGACGAUGUCAUCGUGUUCGCCUUCUCCGCCCGCAUGGCAGAUGUUCAAAUGUAUGUGUGUAAUCGAGAGACGUAUGGCUACACCCCUGUCCCACUGCAUACCCAUCAAUCCUUGCGAGACGAGGCAGAUAACUUUCUGCACACGCUGCUCGAGGUCAUGGUGAACGAUUCUCCGGUGGAUCCCUCGGUGCAUCUCCCUCCUGUCCCUCCUAAACUUCCCGACAAACUGGGCUUUGAUGAGGUGUUCAUGAUUAACCUGCUGAGGCGGUCAGAUCGUAGAGAACGAAUGUUAAGGACUCUGUGGGAGCAGGAGAUCACCUGCAAGAUCGCCAAUGCAGUGGACGGCAAGGCACUGAAUGAUAGUCAGAUCCGUGCGUUAGGGAUCAGAAUGUUGCCGAGUUACAGUGACCCGUAUCAUGGCAGGCCGCUCACUAAAGGAGAACUUGGCUGCUUCCUGUCUCACUACAACAUCUGGACUGAGAUUGUAGAGCGGGGACUGCAAAGGUCUUUGGUUAUAGAAGACGAUUUGCGCUUCGAGCCCUUCUUUAAAAGGAAAUUGCAGAAACUGAUGCAGGAAGUGGAAGCAGAAGAACUCGACUGGGAUUUAAUUUACAUUGGGAGGAAGCGGAUGCAGGUGGACCAUCCAGAGAAACCGGUACCCAACAUCCGCAACCUGGUGGAAGCCGAUUACUCCUACUGGACGCUGGGCUACAUGAUCUCAUUACAAGGAGCUAAUAAGCUGCUGAGGGCAGAGCCUCUGAGCAAAAUGCUUCCUGUAGACGAGUUUUUGCCCGUCAUGUACAACAAGCACCCAGUGGAGGACUACAUGUCUCACUACGAGGUGAGAGAUCUACGGGCGUUCUCCGCUGAGCCGUUACUCGUCUACCCCACGCACUACACAGGAGAUCCAGGGUACAUCAGCGACACCGAGACGUCCACCGUGUGGAACAACGAGACCGUUCGCACCGACUGGGACCGAAAGCGUUCGGAAAAGAACCGCGCAAUGCACUCACACGCUACCUCUGACCUCUGACCUCUCAUACAAAGAAGCUUUGAAAUGCUAAAACUUUUUCUUUACCACUAGGUGGUGUUAGUGAGCAAAACGCACAAGGAGAGGAGUGUGUAGUGAGGAACAUGCUUCGCUGUACACAACAGGCAAAAUCAGUGUAGCAUCAACAAUGUAUCUGAAGCGAUUUUGCUCUGAAAACAUGUACUGUUUACUUCAAACGGAAACUCAUCGGGUAGCGAGCUAGUCUGCCUACUAACCAAGAAAGCAUUUUAUUCACAGUUCUGCUCAAGACGAGAACGAGACACUGAAUUAAAAUGAGUGAAAAGUCUCAUUGCUGUGGUUUAGAGCGCUCUGCUCCAGAUGUGGUGAUGUGGAGGAUCCACGAUGUCACGAACAAAACAGAAGUCGAUAUUUCAAAGCAAUUGUUUCUUAAAAAAACAAAAGAAGUUUACACAGUGUUUAAUGUCUGAAGUUCUCGACUAAUGUAGCUUUCAAGUAAAGAAAAGUUUGAGCCUCUAGCACACGUUUUCACCGUAAAACAUAAUGUGUGGCUCAGUAAUCUUCUGUUGCUUGCUAACUUUAUUAAAGAAAGUAAAGAAUCAAACUUCAGACAUUCAGUGUACCUGUAAGACCAAAAAGUAUUAAAAUGGGCUGAUGGGACACUAAUUAAGGUCCACAUUGUUGUAGAUCAUACACAUGAGGCAGUGUGAAAGGGAAUAAUUUCUAUUAAAUAUAAAGUGAUGGAAUAUUACAUCGCUUCUAUUGGAGAGAUCAGUCAGAACUCAGAUUACGGCACAAGUUCUGAGCUUUUCAUCAUUAUAUAAUCAAUCCUAAAGUUCCAAACAUCAUAUAUUGAAAAUUUGUUCCAAACUCCAUCAGGUCUGUUCGCAUCUCUCGGUUCUGUUGUGGCUCCAGUGUGCUGCUGGUUUUCAGGACUAUAUUAAUAUUAAUAUUUAAUGUUAAAGGGACAUUCAGGUGGAUUGUGUCGGAAUCGAACACUCCGGUUUGUGCAAAAAAAAAAAAAAGCUUUAAUAGUUUUUCAAUCUUAACUUGUUUCUGAUUGAGGACUGAGUUGAAAUACUUGACCAACAGUUUCACUCGUGUACUGAAGCGCUUUCCAGAAACUUCUGCUAUUUCUGAAUGAGUUCAUCUCGAGAGAACUGGUGUAUUAAAUAAUUAGCAAUUUUUUUUACUUUUGCUUCUUGAAUUUGGGAUUCUAGGCAUGAAAAAUGUGAGCAUGAGAAGAGAGGAAAAAGUAUUGGAAUAAUUCAGCUAUAAAUUGUACUAUUUUGCAGAUAUUUUCUGUUCACUGUGGGAGGGCUCAGCUGUUUUACUAAUCAAACAUCGUCUAUUGUUCAAUUUGAUAUUCCUUAAUAUAGUGAGGCUUAUUAUUAUUAUUAUUAUUAUUAUUAUAAUUAUUAUUAUUAUUACUAGUAAUAGUAGUAGUUUAUUUUUUUUUAACACACAAAAUUUUUAAUCUUCCGCAUGACUGAUGAUUGUUCUUUUACUUAAAAAAUAGCUUUGCAUCUUGAUUGAAUCUUUAUUUCUGUUUUUGUAAACCUGUUGUUUGUAUUUUGUUAUCUAAUUUCAUAUUUUAGUUAUCUCAUCAUUUCAGAGAGGUUCCUAACCGAAAUUUGACUUCAGAGAGGAAAUUCCACCCUAAUGUGCUUUUUACUUGCGUGACCUUGAAGUUGCCAAAUAUUUGAUAAACGUUCUUUGUUUAAACUUAAGCUGAUGUAUCUGUUUUAUUAGUUUAACCCAUUGCUAUUGUUCAGUUUUAUUUUUAUUUGUUUAUUUUUUUUAGGUUUAUUCCAUCAUCAUCAUCAUCUUUAUCAUCAUCAUUUCAGAGCAGUGCCUUAAAGCCCGACUGGUUCCUGGACAUUUGGGAGUCGUAUGAUUCUGUAACUGACUAACGCCGUGUUACACUGUGACGAUGUGAGAGAGUUGUGGCAGAAGGUGAAGUUUUCAGAGGAUCUGAAGUCAGAUUUAAAGUUAAAGAAGUCGCGUUCUGGUUAUAUUGUAAUGUGUUCAGAAUGACGAUCACUUCCCUCCUCUCACUGUUUCUUAUGAUAUAAAAAUCAUGAUAUAAGGUGUAACUGAUGAUCAGUAAAUGAAAGACAGAUCAGCUGAGAACAGCAGCUUCAGCUCUGUGUGUGUGUGUGUGUGUGUGUGUGUGUGUGUGUGUGUGUGAUUUCUGCUUAAGGUUUAAUUUAUUGCUCAUUUCUGCUAACAGUGUGAUCA